AUGUCGCUGCCAGGGCGGUGCUUGGCGCUCCUGGCGGCGCUCGCGCUGCUGCUGGGCCCCGUGUCCGCCCUCUACAAGCCCGGGGGCGUCGUUGAGAUGCUGGAGCCCCGCAACUUCAAGAAGUACAUCAAAGAGAGCAAGGGCGUGUGGCUGGUCGAGUUCUACGCGCCGUGGUGCGGGCACUGCCAGAACCUGGUCCCUGAGUACGAGAAGGCCGCGCGGGCGCUGCUCGGCGUCGUCAACGUCGGCGCCGUCGACGCGGACGCCCACAGGGAGCUGGCGGCGCCGUACGACGUGAGGGGGUUCCCGACGAUCAAGUUGUUGUACACCAACAAGAAGGGGGAGAUCAAGUCCAUCGACUACAACGGCGGACGCACCGCGAAGGACAUGGUCGCGUGGGCGAUGGGCAAGGCCACCUCGCUCGUGCAGAAGCGGCUAUCGGGCGGGUCCGGGUCCGGGUCCGGGUCCGCGGGGGGGUCUGGCGGCGACGGCGGGGGCUCCGGGUUCUACUCCGGGACGGACGUCGUGGAGCUGACGCCGCAGAAGUACGCCAAGGCUGUCGAGUCGUCGGAUCCGUGGUUCAUCGAGUUCUACGCGCCGUGGUGCGGGCACUGCAAGGCGCUGAAGCCGGCGUGGACGGAGGCGGCGCGCGCGCUCAAGGGCCGCGUGAAGGUCGGCGCGCUGAACUGCGACGAGCACAAGGCGGCGUGCGACAUCGCGGGGGUCCAGGGGUUCCCGACGAUCAAGUUCUACGGACAGAACAAGGACGUGCCGGAGGACUACAACGGCGCGCGGGACGCCCCGGCCAUCAUCGAGUUCGCAGAGACCAGGGCGGCCGCGCUCGUGAAGCCGCCGGAGCCGACGGAGCUCACGUCGCAGGCGGUGUUUGACGAGACGUGCGGCGGGCAGCACCCGCAGGGGGAGCGGCAGCUGUGCUUCAUCGCGUUCCUGCCCAACAUCCUCGACACGCGCGCGGACGGGCGGUACGGGUACAUCGAGAUGCUCAAGGAGGUCGCGCGGCGGCACCCCACGCGGCCCUACGCGCUGCUGUGGGCCGAGGGCGCCAAGCAGCCCGCGGUGGAGCAGUCGCUCGAGGUCGGGGGCUUCGGGUACCCGGCGCUCGUGGCGUACUCGCCGAAGCGCAAGGCCUUCGCGAUCCACAAGGGCGCGGUGGACCCCCCCGGGGUGCUGGAGUUCGUGGACCGGGUCAGCAAGGGGUUCGCGCAGGUGGUGCCGCUGUCGGGGCGGGGCCUGGGGAGCGUCGCGGACGUGGCGCCCUGGGACGGCGGGGACGGCGAGGAGGUGCUGGACGAGGAGAUUCCGCUCGAGGAGCUCUUCGGCGACGAGUGA